UGCGUAUGAUGCGUUGAAGGUGAACCUAUCAUGUUGACAUCUAAUACUAGGCGUAAAUGAUGUGGAAAUGAUGCAUUUUCAUUGCCUUGCCGCUUUUUCGACAGCUCACUUCAGAUUGCUCUUGUUAGCACUUAAGAGAAUAAAUAUGAGAGCAAAGUGGUACGAUUCAAAGUAUACCGUCUCUAUCUGCCUUGCCAACGAAAUCCUGUAUGAUGAGAUAAAACCAAACCAAACAACCUUUUCAGUACCGACAAACAUAGGACUGUGGCCGUUGUACAUACUGUAACUCUGCAAACGACAAACUCCCAGAUCAAACCAUCUGUGAUGAGGUAAUCACCCGCCUUGCCGUAGGAAAAGAAAAUAAAUAAGGACCCCUGGUGUUCGCCUAACUCCUCAGAUAGCAUCCUAC